AUGUCUUGGAUCAAGUUGAAAAAUGUUUCCAUAGGAGUGUUUAGAACAUAUUUGAAUUGUUUCAGUAGAAGCCAAAAAUUGCUCGUCUUUCAUUUCUCAAAUAUAGCGUUUCAAUUGAACAUUGAUGAUAUAAAGAAACUGAAUUUAAAGGAUGAAAAAGCAACAAAAGGGCUGUUUCCAAAGAUUCUGAAGCAUGGAUUUAUAAGAUUGCUAUUGAACUAUUUCCCUGGUUUCACAAUAUACUUGCGAGAUAUUGAAAUAACAAUAACUUCAAAAUUCUGCAAUGAUAUAUUGCGUAUUAAGCUAGAACAAGUCAAGAUAAACACAGAAUUUCACAAAAAUCGCGGCACGCUUGGAGAUUCAGGUUGGUUGAUCCAUCAUUAUUUUUUGAUAUCUAACUUGCAAGUGAAAUCUUCUAAGCCAAACUCUGAGACUGUGGACUUGUUUAAAAAUUUUGUUAUUAACUUGGAUUACUUUUAUUCCCAAAAAGAUCUCAAAAUAUCCAACAUUAAUGCAAAUUUUGCCAAUCAAAGUUUAGAGUUACCCAUUUAUACAUUUUUGGCAUUAAUCAUUGACUUUAUCCCUAAAAGUAAUAUUCAAUCAGAUUCACCUAUGCUUUUCCUGCAUCCAAGUUAUGAAUCUGUGACAGAAAAGGGAAAACAAGCUGACUUCAUGAUAUCGGACAAAUUGAACGACUUCAUCGACCAUUUGACCCACAAAUUACAAGCUAUUACUGAUUCAUGUGAUUUAUUCAAUGAAUUGAAUAUUACGCUAUCAAAUAUUUGCAUUGACCAGUUCUAUUUGUUUUUUUUAUUCCUUGAAAAAAAACAUUACUCCAAGGUGUUCAAGAUGCUUGAUGACGAUGACAUGUGCCUUUUAACGCAAAUUUAUUUUCAAUUAAGGCUUCAAAAAUUCACAAUAGGCUUCAACAAACUAAGCAAAGAAUCACCUGGCUAUGAACUAUCUUUUGCUAUCAAUGAUUCACCUGUACAAUUUAUUUCUUCAUUGAUGAAACUUCAGCUAAUAAUGUUUUACAAAUUUAACGGCGAUGAAAAAAGAUUAGAACUAUUUCAAGUGCCAAAUAUCAACUUCUCAGUCCAAACAAAUGCAGCUAUUCAAACUUUGAAGGUAUUAUUGAAGAGUAAGAAAAUGACAUCAGCAGUAGUCAAAGCAUCUAGUCAUGCUUCUUCUCCAACAUUUGAAUUGAACUCCUUUUAUUUGGGUGUAUUAUUGAGAAAUACAAAACAAAUUAAAUGUAUUUGUGAGAGCUUCAUAAAUUCUAAGGAACAAAAAAAAGCCCCAAUAUCGAAAAAUGAUAGCAUAAUUAAAUAUUUUUACUCCUCAAUAUCCAAGUUUUUACCGCAAAUUUUCUUUAAGGUGACUAUUGAAGACACAAUUCUUCUUGUGAAAUUUAUUGAUAGCGAAAACGGCAUCAUGAGGACGGUAUCACUAAAUAUGAAUUUCAUCAGCUUUGAGAUCAAUAGCAAAAAAAAAUCAUUCCAUCAUAACAGUCAAAUCAUCCAAAGCUCAUUAUUUAGCAAGUUUGAAAUUUCUGGAAUUAGAGUCUCUUAUCAACAAAGAUGUGUUAGAACUGAUGAUGAAGAUUUGGUUGUCGUACUUGAUGCUACAGAUGAUGAAAUGGAUUCCAAUUUUGAUUUUGUUAACCUUAGUGAGGAAAUUGGAUUGGUGGAAUAUUUAGUGCUCAAAGUUUCCCUUGAGGAUUUGAAAAAUAUGAAAUUAUCCACAUUUUGCUCAAUUGAGACAAUUUUCAUUGACUUAUCAAAUAUGGUGGUGCUUAAAGGCCUAUCAGAAAUUUUAAAUAAUAUGCAUGCCACACAUAAUCAUUAUAACCAUUUUAAUAAAGAAAUGCUCGCCAAAUAUACCCGAUUAUGUGUGCAGUUAGGCAAUAGGGGCUUUUUCGCGUCUUUGAGAGACGAUGAAUUUCCAAAGCAGAAAGAAUUAUCCAAAUCUUAUUUUUUUCAGCCACUACCUGAAUACUUGAAAGAAAUAAAAAUUUUAGUUACGGACUGUAAUUGCAUUCUUGGGUCUCGUUCAGUUUUGAUACCAAAAGAGGUCAUUAAUGAACUUAAAUUCGUCUCUGAGAAUGAGACCAUCAAAAAUUCUUUGAGAAAAAUUGUUUUUGAAUUAGAUUCUUGGUCGUUGUCACUUGUGAAUGCCCCUAAAGUUGCUGGUGAUGAGCGGAGACCUCUGCGCUCAACAUCAGACACCCUAAACUCGUCUUCCGUUGAAAUGUCAAGUAUUCUAGGGCAACAUGAAUCUGAUUCAGAUGAUGAAAAUUUGUCCGCUAAAACUGGUUCUGUUGACAACUAUUGGAAUAUGCAAAUGAAAGCGCAGAAUAUUGGCGUUGAUAUAAUUUGUUGUGAUCCUAGAAAUUUUCAAAGGAAUCGCGACAAAACUGCAGAGGAUAAGUCUUCAAUGAAUAAGAAAAAUUACAAUUUGAUGAAUAUUCGCUGCUUAAAAAUUCCAAAGGUAAAAGGCAUCCUUUCUUCAGUUUGCAACGUGUCAGAGGUAUCAACCAAUGAUUACUUGAAAUUGGUGGUUGAAAUCGAAGAGAUUGAUUUUAUUUUUUCAGGAUUUAGUCAUUUCAUUUUUAUAUCAUCCAUUUCCCUUGUCAGAAAUACUAUAUUUUCUUAUUUGAAUCACUUUCCAAAACCAAAGAAAGUUCAAAAAUCAUCCUUCGUUUCGAAACUUUCUGAUUUGUUGGUAACUGAAAUUAAUGUCAAAACUUUUGAUAUGAUCAUUCAUUUUCCUUUAGAUCUAAAGAUGAAAAUUCAAUCAUUAGAUACCCUCAUCAAGUUCGAUUCACGGUUCAAAGAAAGUAAUAUCACUGCAAGCAUUUUUAGGAUUUGCGUACAAUCACCAACCAUUAGAAAUUAUUGGGAGAGGCUAUUGAUUAUAAACGCAUUCGACUGUGAUUUGGAUUUGAAAAACUUGAAAGAAUUCAAUAGAUUAAGAGUUGAGGGAGAAAGUAAUCUUGGAAUGAAUGAAUUAUUGGUCGGUGCAGUCAAUUUUUUAUCUGCAAGACUAACUAUUCCAUUCAACUUCAUCAUUCAUAGAAUAUUCGAUAAUUUUGGAAUUCUCAAAAAGAUUGUGAAACAGUUGAAUUACUCGUUUAAAAAGAAUUCGCCAGAGAAUAUUCUUAAUCCAGAAUUUUGUACUCCUCUGGUACUUCCAAAGAUAAAAAUAAGCACUCAAAAGUUUUUAAUGAAUAUGGAUGAUGAUCCAUUUGAGAGUCAGUUGGCUUAUAUUUGUCAGAUCGGGCUCUCCGAGCAGCGCGAACGGAUGUCCAAACUUGAAUAUUUUGUUCAAAAUGUGAAAGCAAGAAAAUUUAUUAAUAAAGAAUAUACCAUCAAAAAAACCUCUUGCUUUGGAUUGGAAGUUUCCGAUUCUGAGAAUAUUUUCGGUUAUGAUAGUGGGAAACUCUGGAGAAAAUCAAAAUGCGACGACAGUAAACAAGUUUCUUACCAUGAUCAACAUUUGAAAGAAACUUUUUCCAAACUUGAAAUUCUUCAACGGAAUUUUUCUAAAUCGUGGGUUAACAGAGUGCAAACCUAUCGCCAGAAGUUCAAUAAAGAAAUAAGGAAAAAUUCUGAAUAUUUAUGGAGGCUUGUUACUUCAGAAAGCCUUUCAAAGAAGUUCAAUAAGAGAAUUUGGGAAGGCUUUUUCUUAGGCCCUCCAUUAAUGAGUGUUAUUGUGGAAGACGUUGAUUUGACUUUAUCCUCAGUUGACUUUGAUAUGCUGGAGCUUCCCCAGUAUUUGUACGGUGUUGGAAAAGGUAUUCCUCUUGAUCUGCAAUAUCAAAUGAUGAUACCUUUGCAUAUUGACUUCAAAUUUGGUGAGUUUAGAUCUCAUCUACGUGAUUAUCCUUUACCCUUUGUGUACAUUCCUUUUUCUAAGGAAGGAAUAUCACACAGAAUUACUGGUAAUGUCGUAAUUCUGGAAGAAUUUGUACACCAGAAAGAAAAUAUUAAUAUGGUAUUUGCUCCAUUAGUGCCUUCUUGUGAAAAGGCGGAUAGUGAUCCUUAUUAUUCCCUAAGUAUUCCAAAAACUCUCGCUUCAGUGAAAACUUUUAUGAAUUUAAACAUUGAGGUUAACUCCCAUAAAUCCACCAGGUUCACUUGGGGUUCAUCCUAUCAGCCAGCGAUCCAACAAGUUAUGUUGAAUUUUGAUGGUUUCACUAAACCUCCACUCGACCCCUCUGAUAAGGUUGGUUUUUGGGACAAAUUGAGAGCUAACAUUCACGGAAGAGUUAAUUUUAAAUUAAAUGCUUUGGAUAUUGUGUUCAAGGGUUCAAGGGACCCUUACAAGAUGUUGAAUCCUGAUGCAGGCUUCAUGUUAUCUUUCUCGGACAAUGUUGUCCUUGAUGUUAAUAAGGAUGAUAACCCAAAAGAGUUUAUUGUGGUUACGUCUAAUAAGAUCAGAUGGGUCGCCCCAAAUCUUAUUUCUGAGCCCUUGUUAAUCUGGUCAAGGAGCUCUAAGGACUCUGUUUUCUUACCUGCAUCAAGGGAUUUAAACAUCAAUAACUUGUCAGGCUUCUAUUUAUCAGAUGAUGGUACAACAGAAUUUGGCUCCAAUAUUAAUGACGUUAUUCAAGAAUUUUAUGAAAAGAUUGUCAUCAAUUUAUCUGCGGACCUGACAAAUCCUGUAAUGUUCAAAUGUGGGGUGAUGUUUGAACGCAAUACAUAUGAUGGACUGGGUAGAACGGAUCAAUUCGUUCCACAUUAUACAGUUCAACUCAAAAAUCCAAAAUUUGUCAAAGAUCCCAAUUAUGAUGCCUAUAAAGGAUUCAGAAGCCAUUAUAUCCACAUGGCUUUGUCAUUAACAUCGCUUGAUGGUCAGGGAAAGUGCUAUAAUAGUGUCCAUUUAUCUCCAAACGUAUUUUCUAGUUUCUUCAAAUGGUGGAAAUUAUUUAGUGGGAACAUGUCUUUACCUGUUCGUCAUGGUAAAAUUUUCGGUCCUACGAAGGCCUCAAAGAAAUUCAGUGUUUAUUUGUCCACAAUCAAGUAUCAAUUCUUAUUAUCCCCAGUUUAUGCUUGUCAUGUAUAUAGUGAUGAGUUGAACAACAACAAUGUGCAUGAUGGGGACUUAGAUUCAUCCCAGUCUGUUGGGUUGAAAGGUAAGUUUGAUACUUUGAAAAUAGACUUACAUCAACGAAAACAGCAAACCGUGAUUCAUAGAGAAAUUUUGAAUACCACCAAGAAAACUAUGAAGAUGAAGUUCAAUAUUGGAGAAAUUGAUCUUGAAGGUGUGGAUGUCAGAAUCGUUAAUGCCAUAUUUAGUUCAAAAGAGCAUACUGAUAACAAGGACAAAGUUAACAUGAAAACUUUUGAUGAUGAUUCCUCCUGGUUUGAUUUAAAUGAUUUCGAGGAAUUAGGGUUUCCCAGUAUAAAGGGUUUGAAUCCUUCAAUUAGAGUCUCGCCUUUGAUGUUUGCUCCAAGAAUGAUGUAUUUCAGGCAACUCAAAGAAUCUGAGUGCGAGAGUGAAGUUCCGUUUGGUAACGAGCCAUCUCAUGAUUGUGUAUUAUCUAAAAAGAACUCUUCCAUUGAAGCCCAAAUUGAGUUAACAAAGACAAGAAUUGAGGAGCUAAAGAAACAAUCGCUCAAUAAUCAUAAAGAUGGUCAUAACCUUGAGAAUAUAUUAGAAGAAGUUGCAAAAAACUAUGAAGUUUUGCUCUCAAUCAAAAAUGGCACAGAUGAUUCAUCAACUUCUGAAGCUAUUAGGAAAAUUGUGAUGUUGCAAAAUACUGGAGAUGAGGUCGCCUUUAAUAACAGAUUCAUUAUCCAUAACAUGUUGUUGAAAUGGAAUUGUAAUAAUAGGGACUUUUUGUACAAGUACUUCCACUGGUUGAAAUAUCAUAAGGCUAUUUCUCAUUACAUGACAAAUGAUGCAAUUUCUAGCAUGAGUGAAAUUAUUGAUAAUAAACUUUUUGAUCCUUCUGCUGCGUCAUUGGCAUCACUGAAAUCUUUUGGUUUCAAAAACACCUUGACCAAACAAGUAUCUACUGAUAUUGGGUAUUGUGAGAAAAGUUUGGGAUCAUUUGAUGAAGAUAUUAGAUAUGUCAGUUCGUCAAACUUAUUUUACAAUGACGAUUAUCUCAUCAAAUUGGUAUCUCCUCAAAUUCAAUUGAUUGAUGAAGAUUCCAAUGACGCAUGUAUGUUAGUUGUGGCACCAAGUAUAGAAAUGAAGGUUAUUUCCAUCAACCAAAAAAGAUUGAAAUCAGCAGGUGAUGAUUCGGAGACUUUGGAAUAUUCUGAUGUUGUGGAAACAAGAAUUGGGUCUUUGAUUCACGAAGCUAAUAUUUUCGCAUUUUAUAAAGAGGAUGUGGUUGAAAAUUCAAGUUUAUACUUUUCUACGAACAGUUAUGGAACAAAGAACUCUAACUGGCCUCCAUGGCUAGGAGUUGAAUUAUGUACUAAUGGGACAAUCUUGAAAGACAAUAUGAUGCUUGAAAAAACUUCAAUGAUGUUGAGAUAUGAUACUAUAGGUAAUACUUUAAAAGCUGAAAGUGAAGAAGAUCCCGAGAAAAGAAGAAAUAGCAUAACUUUCAACGUUCCACAGGUUAUUAUUAAUUGUGACUCGCGUCAAUACACCACGAUGUAUUCUUUAGUCUGGGAUUUGUUAAUUUACAGUGAACCAAGCCUCAAGGAGAUGUCUAGUAAACUAGAAAAGUUAGCCAUGAAAAUUUCACUCGACAAUGCUUCAGACUUGCUAAAAAAGGUAAGACAAAUUCAAAAGGAUAUCAAUAUUCUUGAUAAUUUGGAGAAAUCCUUUACUACUAGAUCCAACUUAUUGAAUAACGAGGAGAAAAAACAACUAUCACUUGUCAAAUCGGAGAAAUCAGAAUUGCUUGAAGAUUUAUAUACUUCGAUGCAAACUAUUGCUUUAGGAGGGUCGCAAAACAAGAAUAUUGGCGACCAGGUUGAAUGGUCUAUAAGAGCGGACUCUAUUAUUUGUCAUAUGUUGUUAGCUAAAAGAAAGCCAUUUAUUGACGUUGCCUUAUCCAAUUCAAGGUUUAAGAGGAGAGAAAAUAGUGACAUGUCAAAUGAAAACAUUUUGCAAAUAGGAAUGAUUCAAGGAUUCAAUUUGGCAGCUGAUACUUAUUAUCAGGAAAUGUUGACUCCAUUUUAUGAAGCAAGUACUGCAGCACCCAAAGAAUCUGUACAGAAGCCAGAAGAUUUAAUCACCAUAAAAUGGUCGAUGAGGAAGCCUGUUGGCGGUAUCAAAAUAUUGAAGUAUUUUUAUAUUUUUUUGCAACCGAUUAAAUUACAACUAGAUCAGGAAACUGGAUCACAAAUCUUGGAAUAUAUUUUUCAGAAUGAGAAAUUAAAGUGGGAUACUAAUAAGAAGUCCCCAAUAAAAAGGAACCCGGGAAAAGGUGACGAGGCUAGUACUGAAGUUGAUUUUGAUGAUUUUUCUCUGGACAGUGAAGAGAGUCUUUCAGAUGAACUUAAAGUAAACAAAAGAUCUAAGAAAUCAAGUUUCAGCUCCUUGAGAACAAAAAAUGAUGGUAAUAAUCAAAAUCUCUUGAACCCCUUCCAAAAAACCUACCGAAACACCAGUCAGGGCUCGUUGAAUCUUUCGAAUUAUGAGAGAAGUAUUAAUUCUAACAUUGAUCGUGAGGAUAAAGAUGUUGAUGAGAUGAUGGAAAGAGCAGGUAACAACAUGAAUAUUGAGUCUUUCAAACUUGAUUCUUGUGUAUUAUGUAUUUCUUACAAAGGUGAAGGAAAGCAGAAGAUUGUAUCGGUGAACAAUUUCGUAAUAAAGUUACCAAAUGUCAUCAUCCAGCAGAGGAUUUUAUCAUUGUUUGAAAUCUCAAUGUUUCUAAAAAAAGUGGUUAUCAAGUCAUUGUUACAACACUCUGGAAAAUUGAUUAAAAAUAAGUUGAAAUAUAACCACAUGGAAAAAAUCAAACAGCCAUUGAUGCAAUUAACACAAUACAACAGGUUUGUUAGUAUCCAAGAAUUGAAGGGAGAGAGAGUAGGAGUGGAGAACGAAAGAAAAGAUGGUGAAGAAGCGAAGGAAAACGGAGAGGUAAACAGGUAG